AUGUCUGAUCUAUUGCCAUUAGCCACUUAUAACUUGAAAGUUGACCCAUUUAAACCAACCCCAGCUAUCAACAUAUCUACUCCAGUCACUGCCCGUUUGACUUUAGCCGCUGUUGAUCCAGAAGCCGUUGACGAAGACGGAAAGCCAUCUACUUUGAAAAUCAUUAAGAGAAACCCAGAAUUUGCUGAUGAUGAUGAUGAUAUUUUAGGAGAUUAUGACGAAGAUGAGGUCGAUGUCGAAGAAGAAGAAGAAGAAAAAGAAGAAAAAGCAAAAGGUAAAGGUAAAAGAAAGUCAAAGGGAAAAGAAAAUCAAAAGAAAAAAACUGUCGAAGAAGAGGAGGAUGAUGAAGAUGACGACUACUAUGAGGAGGAUGAAGAUGAUGAAUUCCAAGAAUAUGUUAUUGUUACCUUAUCGCCAAAGGGUCAAAUGCAACAAACUUUAGACUUAACAAUUGCUCCGGAAGAAGAAAUAUUAUUUGUUGUUGAAGGUUCCUAUCCAAUUCAUCUAAGUGGUAAUUUUGUUAAACAUCCAUUUGAUGAUCAUAUGGACGGUUAUUAUUCUGACGAUGGAGAAGAAGACGACGACGACGAAGAAGAUGAAGAUGAAGAUGAAUUGGAUGAUGAUUAUGAGGAUGCCCUGGAUGAAUUAGAAGAUGCUAGCGAUGUUGAAGGUCGUAUUGAAGAAAUGAUUGAGGAUGAAAAAGAACAAAAAGGGAAAAAGGAAAAUGAUGAUGAGGAUGAUGAGGAUGAGGAUGAGGAUGAUGUAGAGGAAGAGGUGGAGGAAGAAAUAGAAGUGGAAGAAGAAAAACCUAAAAAAAAGUCAGAAAGCAACAAAAAAAGGAAAGCUGAAGAAGAAGAAUCCAAUAAUAAGAAACAAAAGAAAGUUCAGUUUAAAAAGGAUUUAGAAGAAGGCCCAACCAACAAAAAAGCUAUUGGUACCAAAACGGAAAAAAAACAAAAAAAAGUUGAAGAAGCUCAAAAGGUAAAAACACAGGUUUUAGAAGGUGGUAUUAUCAUUGAAGAUCGUGUUACAGGUACUGGUAAGAAAGCUAAAAGAGGAGAUAAAAUAGGGAUGAGAUAUGUUGGUAAAUUAAAGAAAAAUGGAAAAGUUUUUGAUAAAAAUACCAAAGGUAAACCAUUUGUUUUCAAGCUAGGUCGCGGAGAAGUUAUUAAAGGUUGGGAUAUUGGUGUUGCUGGUAUGUGUGUUGGUGGUGAACGUAGAAUUAUCAUUCCAGCUGCAUAUGCCUACGGUACACAAGCUUUGCCAGGUAUUCCCGGCAACUCUGAUUUAACCUUUGAUGUGAAAUUAGUUUCCAUGAAAUAA